AGUCCUACUAUUCAGCGCCUUUCUCCUUCCGGUCUCGACUUGCUUCCUCUUCCCUGUUACAACAAACAGAACACAUGGAUUAGCGUCACCAGGUACGAUUCAUGGAGACCGACUCUCGUAAACUUCGAUCCAGAAAUAGGUCAUCCAUGAGCUACUUCCUCGUCGUCUGCUCAGGUCUUUCUGCUCCAUCCACCCGCUUCUCCUUGCUCUCCGAGAUAGAAAACAUAAACCAUUAGCCUUCCGAAUAGAAUAUGGAUCAUGGCCACCUAAUCGCUUAGCUCCAGUCGAUGCGUAUGUCUGCCAUGGACUCCUUCUUCCUCCUUGGGGCAGAAGCUCGAGGGAGGUUCCUCCAGAUCGCCGGCCGCACUCUGGGUUGCACGUAUAUCUGCACAUGGACUCCUCUCUCCCAUCCGCCGAUUAACCUUUUGAUCUCCACAGAUGGAUGGCACCGUGAGGAAGACGGCGAUCUCCCGAGCUCCUCGUCGGGAAGCAUCUCCCUGAGGCUCUUUAAAGCCUACCACGGAUCCCUUUGCAGUAUUCAGAAUGGUUGUAUUCCCGGGUUGGCCUACAAAGGUGCGCCUGCAUACAUCGAGUUAAGGGAUGCAGAUCUAAUGACCUUGGCAUGGAUGAACGUACAACGGGAAUUCUACCAGGAAGCCGGAAUAAAGACUGCAGUAUUCGUGGGAUGCCGGAACGGAGAAAUUGAAUUAGGAAUGACGAUGUCACCGGAUGUAAUCUAUCUGACGGCAAUUACAUGCGUUACGAAUAUUAUUAUUCAUUUCGUUGUAUACUCUUUCUCAUCAUCAUCAUCAUCAUCUUCUGGGUUUCGUUUGCAGACAAACCUGCAUGUGAUUAUCCAGCAAGUGUUCGGUGAAGACUUCGUUCAACGGUACCAGUUAGGAGGAGGAGGAGGAAGAGACUUCAUGCGGCACUCCCAAUCAGGAAACCUCAUACUGCCACCUGAACUGGGUUGGCCCUCACCGUCCUCCUCGUCACUUCGAUCUUCAUCAGCGGGAAGUCCCCAGAGCUCACAUCUUCUUCUAACUAAACCAGGUGCUCCUUUUGUUCCUGAGGCGAUCACAGAGCAACCACUGGCUCCGUCACACCAAAUGCCCAUGCAAGCCUACAACCCGAACCGAAAUGUUCAAUUCCCAGCCGCUACAGGUGAUGAUGAGGCAAUGAGGAGAGCCAUGCUUGCUGUUAACUGGUUGCCAUCCUCGUCUUCUUCUCCACUUAGUCACCAGCUAGAUCGGCAACAACACCAAAUCUAUCAGGGACGUAUCGACCAUCAAAUUGGAGCUUUUAAAGCUUACGAUCCAGCUCUUGCUCCAAAACCGGAGGCAAAUCAGAACUUACCUGGCCAAAGAAUGAUUAAGAUGGGCAUCAACAUCUUGACAGAAAUUAACAGGAUGAGGAUGGAAGCUCGAGCGCAGGAACAUCGGCCAACAAGUAACCAGUUGCACCACAUCAUAUCAGAGCGCAGGCGUCGGAAGAAGAUUAAUGACUACUUUCAUGCUCUCAGAGUGCUACUUCCGCCAGGAUCUAAGAAGGACAACGUAUCGGUGCUGGCAAACACGAAGACCUACUUGAAUUCCUUGAAAGCUCGACUCUCUGAGCUUGAGGAGAGGAAUCAAAUGCUAGAACGUCAACUGAAGUCUGCCGACGACGCUGAUGAAGUUAGUGAUCGAAGCGAAAGAGUCGAAGUUCAGAUAAGCCGAUCCUCCGAGUUCAAAUCAGAGGCGCAACAAAUCAACCUCAGCCUCAUCGUAAGGGAGGAAUGUGAUAUGAUAGAUCUGGUUCUCCAUGCGCUUCGACUCCUGAAAGAGAUGAGAGACGUAAUAUUGAUAUCCAUGGAUGCAAGCACGAGAUCGCCAUCGAGAAAUAUAUUCGCAAGGGCCAAUCUUAAGCUACAAGUGAAGGAUAGUGAUUGGGACGAGGGCAGGUUCGAGGAAGCCGUGACCAAAGCCGUCGUCGAUGCGUUGGCACAAGGAAAAACGAAGACUCCAUCACAUUCUUCACCGGCCCAUCAAUCUUGACCAUCUCUAUUUUUCAGUUCGAUGGCUCGAGAGACAAACAAGAAGCAGCAACAUGGGGUGGUCAAAUGAGGUAAAUAAGGCAACGUAAAGGUGCCCAUAAAGCAUAUCCAAAGGUGCAAGCUAUCAUGGAGGAGGGAGUAUAUAUUUCUUCGGUGCCACACCGUAGAAUGAAAAGCUCAAAGCUGGGGGGCAAUGAGGAGGGGGGGGUACAUUUUUUUUCUAUUUAAACAGCGAGUUGUUUAGUGAGGAUAACAUGCGAUGGUGGCCGGGUUUGACUGGCCAAUUAGAUCGAUGGACUUUUGGUGUGUCACAUUUUUCUUUUAGCUCUCCUUUUUCCUUUUUCAUUCUGCAUUUCCUCUCUCCUUCUCCAGUCGACAUCAUGGUCCAUAUACUUGAGACAUCUGAAAGGUACAUACCUCAAUAGGAAUUUGCAAACGUGCUGUAUAAUUAUCGUGUAGGGUUUACUCGCGUCAUAGUAUAUCACAACCGUCAAUCUCUUGGCAGCCUUGCGACCAGACUAUCUUGGAGUGCUGAUAGCCAUGUCUCGAACAGCCCGUGUCUUUGCGGUCGGCACCCGACCCAAUUCGACAUGAUUCGAAGCCCAUUACGGCCCAUUUUUGUAUAUGGAAAGACGAAUGCCCAACUCGUGAGAACUGAAUCCACCCACUUAAGCAAGCUCGCUGACGUGUACGGCGUCCUCACAGAUCUGUCGAUCCUCUCACUAUAGCGAGCGCGCGCGCAGCCGUGUGAAUCGAUCAGCCGAUGGGGAUCUGCAGAGGGUGGAGGAGCCCUCUUUUCUUCUCCCUUCUCCCUCUCGUCCUCUUCCUUCCUCUGAUCCUCUCAGUCUCAAAAUUGCAUAGUAGUAAUCCGAUCCCACAAGUUUCGAAGAGAAGUCGCCACCAAUAAAUCAGAUCACCUCGUUCUCGGGCCUGCCGCUGGGCAGGGACUGCCCGACCGCCUCCAAUGCCAAGGCCUCAGUGCUGUCAAUAAGAUCCAUGCUUCAAGUUCACAACAGAACCUUCAAACUAGGGAUGACAUUUCGUUUGCAACAGAUUAUACAAUCUACAACAACUCCAUUAGAUCGGAUUCUUCUAGGAUACGUGAUGGUAACUGUUGCAAACAGUACGUAUAGCAAAGCUGAAAGGUCCAUUGGCAUUCUGAAUG